CAUUGUCUUACGGUAAAACAUGGACGCCACAUCAAACAGCAGCAGUCAGUGCAGUUUGUUGGGAUAAACAUCAUUAUUUUAGACCUGCAUUACAUCAUCGUUCACAAUGAUAACUCCUGCUUUCGACCUGAGCCAAGAGCCCGACUACCUGAUCCUCAGCAUCCGCGUGCCCUACACCCGAACGUCAGAGUUUGACCUUUUCAUCGACGGAACGGACUUCAAGUUCUACGCAAAGCCCUACUUUCUGAGAUUAACUCUUCCUGGGAGAAUCGUGGAGGAUGGGAGGGAAACAGCCAAGUUUGACAUCGAUAAAGGUCUGUUCACCGUUCGGGUCCCUAAAGAAACAGCCGGGGAACAUUUCGAAGGACUUCAGAUGCUGACGAGUCUCCUCGCGCCCAAAGGUUCUCGUUCGGCCAAACCGCUGGUGGAGGACGUGAGCGCGGGGUGCGGUGAAAGUGCAGCGGAUGAUGAAGAGGAAGAUGAAGAAGAGUUUGACUGGCAGGUGGAGCAGGAGGUUUACAUGGAGAGAUCUGAGGAGGAGCUGAGAGGCCUGCAGAAAUAUGGAUUCGGAAAUCAGAGGUCUGGAGUCUUUGCCAGAUUACAGGAGGAGCUGAGUGAUGUGAUCGAUGUCAAGAACCCAGAGGGAACAUCAGCGGCGGAGAGGAGGCAGGCUCGGCUGGAAGCAGAGGCGUCGGCGUUCUCUCCCGACCAUUACCUGGCUGAUUUGUUUGAGGACGAUGAGGUGAAGCGGCUGCUGAAGUUUCGACCGUGGUGGACAAAGCUGAGUCCUCCCACAGAGAAGAAGAAGGAAGAAGAAGGAGAAGAAGGAGAAGGAGAAUGUGCUGUAUCGUUCACCGACGACGAGAAAGAGCAGCUGAGGAAAUUCACCAACCGCUCCUACCUGCUGGAUAAGGCGUCCCGUUACCAGGCGUGGCUCGGCCUCGUCGACGUCCUGCUGGCUUACUCCUACGAAGUGCGCUCCACCGAGGGGGAGCACAGUGUGGAGUCACCGUGGACCAUCAGGAAACUCAGUGGAACUUUGUGCUGGCUGGAGACUUACACCUCCCUGCACGAGGUCCUGGUGUCGUUCGGGCGGAGGGUUUUGUGCUACCCGCUCUACAGGCACUUCGGUUUGGUCUCUGCCGCAGUUCGGGAUACAACUAAGAUCUUGUUGUCAGGGAAAGCCGGCGUCCUCAAAUGCCUGCUGGAUAUUCACAAAGUCUUCAGAGAGAACGACCCAGCCUACAUACUGAACGAUCUGUACCUCACAGACUACUGCGUCUGGAUCCAGAGGGUCAAGUCCAGGAAGGUGACAGCCUUGGGUGCGACGUUAAAAAAAACCUCCCUGGAGAAAAAGGACUUGGAGCUGGAGCUUGAUGAGCUGGAGCUUGCAGCGACAAUGGUGGUGGAGGAGGAGGAGGAGGAGGAGGAGGAGGAGGUGGAGGAGGAGGUGGUGGGAGAGCAACGGGAUUCCAGGAUCGCUCCCGUGUCUUACGGUGACAGCAGCAGAAGCAGCAGCAGCGACUCAUCCGACGAGAGCGAAGAGUCUGAGGCUGAAGGACAGGGCUGCGCUGAAUCCAAGGAGGGAGGAGGAGGAGGAGGAGGAGGAGGAGGAGAGACAUUUAAGGACAACCCUCCACAGCCCCAGCCCACCUCCUCCUCUCCCUCCCCCUCCCCCUCUCCCAUCCCCCACCAGCCCACGAGCACGUUUUUCUCUGCAGAGGAGAGGAAGGUGGACGCCCGUCCCUCCAGACAGCUGAUCCAGGAGCUGGGGGAUCAAGUGGCGGAGGAGCUGAGAAUCUCUCCGCCAGACUCCAGCCUCGGAAAACAGCUGGACGAGGCUGCAGCGGGGAGCGCCGAGGGCACAUCUGGGAGGACUUUCUUGGAGCUGAGUCCUCGCAGGAACCCUUUACUCAUCGUCCAAACACAGGAGGACCUGCACGAUCCUGAGACGGACUUCAUCAGCUGACCUGUAAACUCUUUGUAAGUGGCACGAGUGUUCCUCCAGUGAUGAACUUAUGUUUUUUUAUUGUUCAUUAAUGAGAAUAAAAAAAUAAGAAUAAUUGUGGUCUAUUUUUUUACUCUCUGAACAUUUUGAUUUUUUAGGAGUUCAGUCCGCUAACAGUGAUCUGCCAACAGUCUAUUAACCAUGUAUAUUUCCUCUGUACAUAUUUACACCUGUUACAUGUCACGUUGGGCUUCAAUAAACAGAAAAGGCAAAGAUAUUCCACCAA